AUGGUCUACAGGGCCUUCCGCGUCAUGCCCUACAGCACCGCUUGCGCCACUCCCCUGUCCAACUUCGAGGUGUCGCAGAACUACAAGGAGGUCUCGGAUCCUUCCAUCAUCGUGCAGUUCAAGCUGAAAAACGAGGAGAACUCCUUUGUCCUGGCAUGGACAACGACGCCCUGGACUCUCCCCUCCAACGUGGCACUCUGCGUGAACCCUGAACUGACGUACCUCCAGGUCGAGAACACGUCCACCCACGUCAAGUGGAUUGUUGGCAAGGAUCGCUGGCCCUGGAUCUGCUCCUCCAUCAAGAAGAAUGCUGAGAAGGACUUCAAGAUCCUGUGGAGCAAGCAGGGCAAAGAACUCAAAGGGCUCAAGUACGAGCCCCUCUUCGACUACUUUAAGGGCAAGGCACGUGAUGAGGCCUGGCAGAUCGUCUCGGAUGGCUAUGUCUCCACAGAGGCCGGCACGUGCAUCGUCCACCAGGCCCCUGCCUUCGGUGAGGAUGACAACCGCGUGUGCCUCGGGGCUGGCAUCAUCCAGAAGGACGGAAGCGGAAUGGUGUGCCCUAUUGAUGAUGAUGGUCGCUUCACAGACGAGGUGCCAGACUUCAAGGGCAAGCACGUCAAGGAAGCGGACAAAGACAUCAAGGAGAAGCUGAAGAAGGAGGGGAAGCUGGUGUUCAACGGCACCGAGGUGCACAACUAUCCCCAUUGCUGGCGGUCUGACACGCCUCUCAUCUACCGGGCGGUUCUUGUGCAGAGCAUGCUGCAAAUCGGUGUGGGUCAAAAGCCGGCAUUGAUCGUUAUCUAUACUGUGCUGCUACCAAUUGCCCUCUUCACAUCUUGGCGACUUCGAUACCGGCUCGACGACCGCUUUCCGCACAUUUGGGACGAUGCCCGGGCGAGCAACUCGCUUCAGUUGGCGAUGUACUACGCAAUCGUUGCCUUCCAUCUGCUUCCAUUGCUGCUGUGGGGUUCUGGGCAAGAAGCUGCGGAGAGUUUGGUCCUGAAUGUCGGUGGAUACUUUGGAGUUUUCUUGAUUUUGUUGGACAACCACAUGUUCGCGACCUUGCUGAUCACUCUGUAUGCAGCGGCCGCAUUUUUAAAGGCUCUUGUGGCUCGUGCAUCCUUUACCGAGGGCUUGAUCCACCAGUCGUUGCUAACGAUCGCCUGGGCCGGUGUGGCGAGAUUUGUCCUGUACCGAGUUGACCGGUAUCCACAUCUCAAGAAGAUCCUGCAGGACAGCCCUCCGUCACGAAGGGAGAGAUCGUGUCUGUGGCACUUUGAGACCCUCAUCGACAUAGUCAGCCACCGAGAAGGCCGCAAGAGCUUGGCAAAGGUAUUGAGCGUGUACAGACUCAGGCAGGAUCGAAAGGAGGGGCUGAUCGCACAAUUCUUCUGGAUGUACUAUGCCACGACAACUUGUCGACUGCCGAAGAACAUCUUGCAACGCAUCUUCUUCUUUCUUGACUCCUCCGAACCCUCGUUCCCGGUUCCCGCCGCCUCCCUUGCCUCGGCUGCGGUAGUUUCAAGUCUCGAUGCCACCCAGUCCCAGGGAUCGGUGACGUCGGCCUUGACAUCGGUGGCAUUUCUUCGGAAGCGCCUUCUUGACACGGUGUUCUUCAGCGCGGACUAA